AUGAUUAGCACAAAUGACACUCGAUUGAAGGAUAAUCGAGAAAAGCAAAAGAAAAAGGAGGAAAAGAAGGAAGAAAAGGCUGUUCGUCAUGUUCCCCAAGUGGCUUCUUCCAUGUUCUUCCAAUACAAUGCUGCGCUCGGUCCCCCAUAUCACAUCUUGGUGGAUACCAAUUUCAUCAAUUUUUCUAUUCAAAACAAGCUUGAGCUCGUCAAAUCAAUGAUGGAUUGUCUUUAUGCAAAAUCUGUACCAUGUAUUACUGAUUGUGUAUUGGCAGAAUUGGAGAAAUUAGGACCCAAAUAUCGCAUUGCAUUAAAAAUCGCUCGUGAUCCUCGUUUCGAACGUCUUCCGUGCUCACACAAGGGUACAUAUGCAGACGAUUGUUUGGUCAAUCGAGUAAUGCAGCACAAAUGUUAUAUUGUUGCUACCUGUGAUCGUGAUUUGAAGCGUCGUAUUCGUAAAGUGCCUGGCAUUCCGAUCAUGUACAUUGCCAACCACAAGUAUGUCAUUGAGAGACUUCCAGAACUCGGUGUCAACAACAAAUAG